AUGGAGAAGAGCAAGAUCACCGAUUUGGAGCAGCAGCGAUCAAAAAAAGAUGGUGGAUCGGUGAGGGAAGAUAAAGUGAGCGGUGGUGGAAGGUUUGGAAGGAAGAAAGAGAUGGAGCGGUGGAAGCAUCGGACACGUAUCGCUUUGGAAAACAGAAGGCGGACACAUGAUGAUGAAGUAUCAGAAGAAGAAGAAUUUCGAACUGUUGAAGUGAAAAAGGAGAAUAUUGAGAGUCCAAUUGAGAUUCAUUCCAGUAAGUCUAUGAAGAAGCCAAUUGACAUUUCAUCUAGUAAUUCUUGGAAGAAGAAAAAGGCAAGAAAUAAUGUUUAUGAGUAUGUUUAUAGUUCAAUGAAAAAGAGAAAACAUGGUUUGUUUGGUCAAUUAAAUUCAAAAUCAUCUGAUAGAGAAGGCACCGUAUCUGUUGAAAUCGAUCACCAGCAGAAAUCUUCACUUUCAAGAUACCACCAGCUUACCAGGUUUGACUCUCACUGGAGCAUCACAUUCAAUUGCAACAAAGUUUUUGAUCAUCAAAAAUCAAAUUCAGUUUCGUUUAUUAUUUUCCAUAAUUUACAACUAGCCCCUUCCGGUUUAGAAAACGAGAUGGAAAAGACUGUAUUGACCCCUGGAUUGAUACUUUACAUGAGUGCGAUCUUUGUGUUAAUAUCCCCAGGAGGAGUUGCUAACUUUAGCAUGAGUGAUGAGUUUCAGUUGUUCAUCACAUCUGUUGUAAUUUCCCAAUGUAUUUCCCAAAUUGUAAAGUUUGUUGGAAUAAGUGAGGAAGAUGAAAGGAAGGCUUUUAUAGUAGCAUUUAGUUUUGAGGUGAUUGGUAUUCAUCAAAUGUGUCUUAUGGGGAUGCUCGACUCCAUUAACCUCAUCACAUUCAUCAUCAACUUUUUGAUGAGGUUUAUUCUUCACUGUUGGGGCAUUGGGAUGCUGGGUUUCUUAGGUUAUCAAAUGGGUGUUACACUCAUAAAUGAGAAGAGGUUUUGGGUGAGGUUUAUUCUUAUCAGCUGGAGCAUUUUCAUCAUGGGUUUCAUAUAUGCAUCAGUCUAUAUUGUGAUGAAUUCUAUUAUAGACAUGAUUGACAAUGAUGAUUUUUCUAUAAUCUCUCAAGCUGCUGUUAUAACUAAUAUGAUGAAUAUAAACAAUGAAAAUGAGUUACAUGAAAAUUUGGAAGAUGAAAUUGGAGAGGAAAAUGAUGAAGAAGCACCUUUUGACAACAAUGUUGAAGUACCUUCAACUUUUACUAAUAUGGAAGGAACAAAUUUGAAUAUUGAUGACAAUUGGAUUGUGUCGCAAUCAACGAGUAAGAAUGAUUUCAUACGAGAGUUGGGAAAAGAUUCUUUCAAGGAUAAAGAAGAACUUGUUAGAGCAAUCAAGAUCCAUUGCAUUAGGACACAUAGACAAUUUGAGGUCAUUGACUCACGCCCAACUAUUUUGACUCUAAGAUGCAAGUUAUACUUACAAUCUGGUUGCAAAUGGAAACUUCAUGCAAGUAAACGUAAACGUAGUGGAUAUUUUGAAAUCACAACUUAUACCGGUCCACAUACUUGUUUGCACUAUAAGCUUUCUCAAGAUCAUCCGAACCUAGAUGCAAGCUUGAUUGCUAUGGAAACUAGGCACCUUAUAAAAGCACAACCUUCUAUCAGUAUUCCUGCUUUGAGAGCUGAAAUAGUUGAAACACUAGGCUAUACUCCUUCAUAUAAGAAGAAUCAUGUGGUGAAAGACCGUGAAGGCAUAUGUCUAAUAUCUGAUCGUCAUGGGGGAAUCCUUAAGGCUGUCAAUGAGCAUGGAUCUCCAUGGUUAGAGCCACGUGGUUUUCAUAGGUAUUGUUUACGACAUUUCAUCAACAACUUUUAUGACAAGUUUCGUAAUUCAGAGUUGAAAGCUUUAGCUUAUCGUGCCGGGAGUCAGAAUCAAAUUCGAAAGUUCAACUCCAUCAUGGAAGAAAUUGGAAAGCUAAAUCCACAUGCUCGACAUUGGUUGGAGAGCCAUCCACUUAAUAGAUGGACACUUGCAUAUGAUGGUGGCAGGAGAUAUGGGUUACUCACAACAAAUUUGUCAGAGAUUUUCAAUAGUGUACUUAGAGAUUUUCAAUUGUGUGCAACUUACAUUCUAUAG